UACGGACCUGCACCGCAUACUCUCUGUCGAGGCACACUUUUCUCCAGCAUAAAAUAAAAUAAAAACACAACAGAAUAAAAGAAUACGCAGAAAAGAAAUCUUAAGCUACUACUGGCUCAACGGAGCACAUUUCCAGACGUUUGAAUCGCUUCUUUUUUCCGUGCUUCCAGGUUUUUUGACCACUUCAGACAUCAGACCGGACUUCUCCCGUUGACCCCGCACUCUCGCAAGGCAAAAUGGGGAAACAGAACAGCAAGCUGACCCCCGAAGUGAUGGAGGAUCUGGUGAAGAACACGGAGUUUAAUGAACACGAGCUGAAGCAGUGGUACAAGGGAUUCCUGAAGGACUGUCCCAGCGGCCGACUCAACCUGGAUGAGUUCCAGCAGCUAUAUGUGAAGUUCUUCCCUUACGGUGAUGCAUCCAAGUUCGCCCAGCAUGCCUUCAGGACCUUCGAUAAGAACGGCGAUGGCACCAUCGACUUCAGAGAGUUCAUCUGUGCGUUGUCCAUCACAUCACGAGGCAGCUUCGAGCAAAAACUCAACUGGGCCUUCAACAUGUAUGAUCUGGACGGAGACGGAAAGAUCACAAGGGUGGAGAUGCUGGAGAUCAUCGAGGCGAUCUACAAGAUGGUGGGCACAGUGAUCAUGAUGAAAAUGAACGAGGAUGGCUUGACGCCCGAGCAGAGGGUGGACAAGAUCUUCUCCAAGAUGGAUAAGAACAACGACGACCAGAUCACGCUGGAGGAGUUCAAAGAGGCGGCCAAAAGUGACCCGUCCAUCGUAUUACUGCUGCAGUGUGAUCUGCAGAAAUAGGCCAGAGGGCAAGCAGAGAGCUCCACCAGCCGCCACGGACUGCACAGAAAGAAUUUCAUGUUCCAUUCAGUUUGCAGCUAUUUCCACAGAAAAAUAAUGCUUGGACUACCUUUCAAUGGAUCUGCUUCUUGUGUUUGAAACACUCGUGUGCAUGAGAAUGUUAUUUGCUCUAAAUAGAUCUACACAUAACAUACAACAGUGUCCGUGUGCAAGAGUGCGGUUGCACACACACCACAAACACUCACACUACACACACACAAACACACAAUCUCUCACUGCAUAUGAACACCUCACUUAAAUAAUAUAGAUAGAUAGAUAAAUAUGGAUAUAUAUUUAAAUUAUUUAAAGAUCAACUGCCAAAAUGUGAAGUGUGCAAAGUAUUUUCCAUACAAUCUCAUUUUAUUGAAGCUUGCGCAUCAGUGAUGUGCUACAUUGAAUUUGCCGCUACUCUAUUUAUUGAACCAAGUUUACUGGCGCUAGCUGUGUGUUUCAUAAUACUGAGUAAUGUCAGAUGAACCAAAUUCCUAUGAUAAUGUAUCUGCCUCCAAUAAGACACUCUAUCCAUUGUCUCGAAUAUUAGCUCUAGCAGAGCUUGAUUAGCGUUUGUCCAACUUCUCCUUCCAAAACAUGCUUGUACUGUCAGUAAAAAUGUAAAUGUAGUUAAUUUGCAUGCUUUUCGGUUCUGCCUUAAAAAUGUCCUCCUUUUGCAUCCCGUAAUCAAAGACAGAACGCCUUAUCAAAGCAGCAUAGUGACAGCUGGGGAAACAAGAAAAAAUCAUAUUGCAGCAGGUCCUUCUACAAGUAUCAUUGUUUGGGAUGUAAUUUUUGUGAUUGGGACUUUUUUUUCUUAAAUGCUUACUUAAACUGUUGGAGCAUGUUUCCUUGUGGAUUAUCUGUAGUAAAUGUUGCUAAGAACUGAAACCCUGCCCCAUCAUUUUGAAAGAUUAUCAGAGAUUAAAAAAAAAGGCUAAAUUGAUACAUCAUUUAAGCAAAUGGACUAGAGACAAGUGAGAUUAAAUAUUUAAAUCAGGAGUCCCUAGAGAAUGAAAGAAUACACUUUUAGCUGGAGUUGGAAUAAAAACUUUUUCCUCUAUAGUUGGACAGCAUCAAACCUAGUUAUGACCUAUGUGUCACCGUCACAUCCACUUUUUUCCUGUUAGCUUGCAGGUUACAUAUCAGUGCAAUUAAUCCAUUAGAGGGGAUUUUUUGUAAUUCUUUAAGAGUAGAAAAAAGGCCAGUGCAACAAUGUCAUAUUCAGCAGAAGCUGAAGCAGCGAGAGGAGCAGUGAAUGGUGUUACAUUGUACACUGUAACUUCUAGAGGCGAGCCCUUAUUGUAAAGCCAUGUGUUUAAUAGAUUGAACAAUUUGCCCUCCCCAGCAUCCCCUAUGUAUUGAUCUUACCUGUCAGUCAGUCUUUUUGUACUUUUUUACUCCUUUCUCUCCCCCAUUGUACACGUACUGAUACACACUCAAUGCAGAGAAGAAAUGAUUUGGAAAUAACCUGUUAAAUCACUUGUAUCCUUAAUUUACCUGGCCCUGUCUCAAAACAGCACAGACACUUUCCAACGCUGCAUAAUACUUGUGGUGUUUUAAGAGCUAAAGGAGGCUAAAGGAGAUGUGAUGUGUCAUAAAAUACAUUAUUGCAAUAAAGAACUAGCAUUCCAGUCCAUCAUCAUUUCUCAGCAGUGUAGCUUGUCCUCAUCAAGGCUGUAAUCUGAACUUCUUUACAUGAACAUCUUUGGCCAGACAAUGUUUGUAAUUACUAAUAUUGCUAUCAAGAUACCAAAUGUAAGCGAAGGCAACCGUGUACAAGAAUUCUUUUGUAGCAUGUAUUGUGUCCCUGACAACAUGGCUGCACUACUCCCUGUGUUGUGAUUUAAUCUAAUAAAAGAAACUCUAUGGGC